CCGGGGAACCAGUUGCCAAGAGACGCCGCAUCAGUCGAAGUUCCUCCCAGGACUCGCAGGACUCCAACAUAUCAACUGGGGGAACAAAUUCAGUUAAUGGAGAUGCCCAUAAUGGUGUGGGAACAACUUACUGUGGAGAACUGGUCAUGUUUGACAGGCAUGGACGCUGUUUGCUCACGCCUGGGCACUAUGAACUGAUGCUAGAGCAGCAAGUGGGAGAUAAUCUACAGUUGUGCAAAUCAAGCCCAAAAAAGAAUGCAAGCUGGGAGAGUAUAGACACACUUAAGUUUGAUAAUGUUUUUAAAUGUAUUCCAGUUUUAAAAUUUUCACUGAACUGGAAUAGUGAAAAUUCAAACUCUUGCAUAGAAAGACCAAGACUGAGACCAUUAAAACCAUUGGAUGUUGUUUUAGCCAACAGUGCGUCUACAAAGCCUAAGCCUCAAGGUGUGGCCAGUCCAGAGGCUCCUCAAUUAGUUCUAUAUCAGUUUGUUUAUAAUAACAACAGCCGGCAACAAACAGAGGCACGGCGGGACUUUCACUGUCCUUGGUGUUCUCUAAACUGCAUGGCCCUCUAUUCUCUUCUGAAACACCUCAAGUUAUGCCAUGCGCGUUUUACAUUCACAUAUGUGCCACAUCCGAAAGGAGCCAGAAUCGAUGUUGCCCUCAAUGAGUGCUAUGAUGGCUCUUAUGCAGGCAACCCACAGGACCUGGUCACAAUGCCUGCUGGCUUUGCCUUCUCACGUAGUGGCCCCACUCGUAGGACACCCAACACAACUGUACUUGUGUGCAGACCCAAGCGGCCAAAACCCUCACUCUCGGAGUUCUUGGAGCAGGAUGACAAUGAUUUUGAUUUACCACGGUCAUAUAUAUUAGGUCACAAUAGGUUAUACCACCACACCAUGACAUGCCUCCCCAUUCAGCCACAUGAGCUAGAUGAGGACAGUGAAGGGGAGCACGACUCAGAGUGGGUCCGACAAAAAACACAAAUGAUGAUUGAUGAAUUCUCUGAUGUUAAUGAGGGAGAGAAGGAACUCAUGAAAAUGUGGAACCUCCAUGUCAUGAAAUACAACUUUGUGGGAGACAGCCAGAUCCCACUGGCCUGCUCUAUGUUCCUCGAAAGUCAUGGCACGGAACUCCUUCGUAAGAGUUUAUACAGAAACUUCGUACUACACAUGAUAUCUCUACAUGACUUCGGGCUUAUAGGGACUGGUGUUGUCUAUAAGAGCAUUCUUCAGUUACAGAGCAAGACACCGAGUAACUGCCAAAUCGCACGUUUUAUAGUUUUCCCUCAAGUAGUUUCGCUAAGGAACAGCCAAACCGCCAGUAUGUAAGUACAGUACAUCACAAAAUCAGGUAGGUUUAAACAUGAUUACCAUAAAGCGACAUAUAUAAUCAGCCACUUGGCAGAAGAUCUGCCAGAUAAACUAUGUAUUAACAAAACAUAAUUUAAGCGAUGGCACCUCAAUCGAUUGCCAGACCCUGACCUCACAACCUGUGGUCGCAGUCAGCUGAGGGCGCAGGCCGGUAGGCUUAGCACCUGCUAAGGAAUGUGACACCUCUGAAAAACUGCCAGAUACAAAAUCACCUUUGUAACUUCCUCUAACCCAAACCCUAUCCUUACCCAUUCCAGCAUCGUCCUA